GCAGGCUCAGCGGCCAUGGCUCACGGGCCCAGCCGCUCCACGGCAUGUGGGAUCUUCCCGGACCGGGGCAAGAACCCGUGUCCCCUGCAUCGGCAGGCGGACUCUCAACCACUGCGCCACCAGGGAAGCCCUGGCUUACACAUUCUUUUGAACUCUGCACCAGUUCUGCCCUGAACACCUAGACCAGAUGAUGCUUCUUACUUAAACACCGAGAGGCUGGGGACCGGGCUCCUGCUCGGAAAAACCUGUGAUUCAGGAUGAAGGGACUUCCCGGGGGCCAGGCUGCUGGGUGGGAGCCAGCGUGCUGGAGGCUUCCUUCCAGUGUCAGGGGCUUGCUCGUUGGUGUCGCUUGCUGUGUCCCCUCUUUUCAGUGGAUUUGCUGCUCUCAGAGUCCCCCUGGGAGACGCCUCUCCUCCUGUGUCCCGCAUCCCCCGCACAGGUAGAGUGUGGACUUCUGCGGAGCGUCAGCUCUGUGGGGAGACAGCCCCGGGGGGCGCAGUUGGUCCCUGAAUCUGGGCUGAUUUCUUCAUCCCGUCAGACUUCUCUCCACCUCGAUCCCGUGGCCAUUUGGGAUGUUGGGUUGGCCAGUGUUCCUGGGUUAGAGUUUGCUCACGAGCGGGGAGAUCUCCUGUUGGAGGCUCUAAGUUCUUCGUGGACCUUCCCCGGCCGCCCUGGGCACGUGUGGUUCUCGAUGUUGGCGCUUGGCUGUGCCUUCGAGGCUGUUCCCCCCUCCCACCUUCUCUGGGAGCCCUGUGUGUCCCAGCCUCACCUCUGCCACCUCCCCGUAUCCCCUUGUCCCCACUUGCCGAGGGGCUCGGGCUGCAUCCUCAGCCACCCUCAGAAGCCAUCCCAACCUAGCGCCCCACCCAACCCCCGUGCCGCUGUCCUUGGUCCUGAAGCCCAGGGCAGGGCUGGUCUGCGCAGGGCCUCCCGCGCCUCCUUCCCUGUGCAGCUUCGCACUUUGGUUUCUUCUCUGGCCUCUGCUUCAUGUCCCACCCACCCAAGAGAAUGCGUGUCUCCAGGGGAAGUGGGUCUUGGGGCCCGAGUGGUCACGUCUCGUGAAAAUGUAACUCCUUCCUGUCUUGUGGUCUCAGUGGUGAGAACAGUGCCACUUUGAACCCUGCAGAGCCCGGAGUUCCAGGGCUGGAAAGGUGGUUGUGUCCCCUUCCCUCCCGUCCCGCCCUCCAUCCUGGGGGUGCCCCCAGGGCCCUGCUCCACUCUCUGCUUCAGUGUUGCUCCCCAGCGUCCGUGUCUUAAGUCUCCCAGAACAGAGAAUGCAGGAGGCUGCCCUCGCUAUGGGCGUCGUGUCCAAGUCAGAGGCACACUCCCCACAGGAGUCCCUGUGAGCGCACAGAAACGAGAGGUUCCUGGCUUUGGGGACGGUCAGCUGUUUCCAUGAGGAUCUAAUAUGAGAAGUCCUUAUCAUCUCACUGCUUUUUGAGUUUGUUAGGCCAUUUGAUGAUAUCAUCUCAAAGCCACUUGAGUUCUGUCUAAGAGUUGUAAGCCCUCAAAAUACUCCUGGAGGGAGGCAGGUGCUCGUACCUGCUAGGUGUUGGGGGCUGAAGCACCCAGAGGAGAACACGUGUGAGAAUGAAGGCCCCCACAGAGCUCAUCUCAGCUGUGGGCAGAGGGGUUGCCUGGGCCUUGGGGGCAUCUGUCCUGUGGAGGGGACGUCUGGACACAGGUGGAUGGGCAGGUAUAAACCCUCGUGUGAAGUCGGGCCGUUUCAUGAAAAUUCUUCCCGAUUACGAGCACAUGGAAUACAGAGAUGUUUACACCUGCCUGCUUCACCGAUACAGACACAUUUUGGGACUGUGGCAGCCAGAUAUCGGGCCGUAUGGAGGACUGCUGAACGUGGUGGUGGACGGCUUGUUCAUCAUUGGCUGGAUGUACCUGCCUCCCCACGACCCUCAUGUGGACGACCCGAUGCGGUUCAAGCCCUUGUUCCGAAUCCAUCUGAUGGAGAGGAAGUCGGCCACGGUGGAGUGCAUGUACGGCCACAGGGGGCCCCACAAUGGCCACGUCCAGAUCGUGAAGAAGGACGAGUUCUCCACCAAGUGCAACCAGACGGACCACCACAGGAUGUCUGGGGGGAGGCAGGAGGAAUUCCGCACGUGGCUGAGGGAAGAAUGGGGGCGGACGCUGGAGGAUAUUUUCCACGAGCACAUGCAGGAGCUCAUCCUGAUGAAGUUCAUCUACACCAGUCAGUACGACAACUGCCUGACCUACCGCCGCAUCUACCUCCCGCCCAGCCACCCGGACGACCUGAUCAGGCCUGGCCUCUUCAAGGGCACCUACGGCAGCCACGGCCUGGAGAUCGUCAUGCUCAGCUUCCACGGGAAGCACGCCAGGGGCACGAAGAUCACGGGUGACCCCAACAUCCCUGCCGGGCAGCAGACAGUAGAGAUCGACCUCAGGCACCGCAUCCACCUGCCCGACAUUGAGAGCCUCCGCGACUUUAACGAGCUCUCGCGCAUCGUCCUGGAGGUGCGUGAGCAGGUGCGCCAGGAGCAGCAGCAGGAAGGUGGGCCCGAGGACGCCGCGGGCCUCGGCCGGCAGAGCCCCCAGCCCUGUGCGGAGCCACCCGCCGAGCAGGCCAAGGGGCCCGGGGAUGGAGGGGCCGAGGCCGCGGCUGAGCCGCCCGCCCAGUCGGGGCAGGGGCAGCCGUUUGUGCUGCCAGUGGGCGUGAGCUCGAGGAACGAGGAUUAUCCCCGGACCUGCAGGAUGUGUUUCUAUGGCACGGGCCUCAUCGCCGGCCACGGCUUCACCAGCCCCGAGCGCACCCCCGGGGUCUUCGUCCUGUUCGACGAGGAUCGCUUUGGGUUCAUCUGGCUGGAGUUGAAGUCCUUCAGCCUAUACAGCAGGGUCCAGGCCGCCUUCCGGAAUGCGGACGCCCCGUCCCCACAGGCCUUCGAGGAAAUGCUCAAGAACAUCCAGUCCCUCGCCUCCUGAUGGCCCACCGCCCCGCGGCGGGCGGCCCGGGCUGGGAGGGCAGCAGUGUGCGCUCAGGAGACGCGGCCUCUGACCGGAACACCCACCUCCUCGUAGGAGCCUCUGCGCGGCCUCCCCAGAUGCUUUCCGUGGACGCCCACAUAUCUGCCAGUAGCAAUGGGAAAGCUGAGCAUGUCCGAAACAAACAACAGAACCAGAACAAACCGCCUUAGAGGACGGGCUGCAGGGCACGUAGGUGACUGAACUGGAGAAAUUGGCCACUUUCUAGGGAAAACAAAAUCCUCCUCCAGGGAGGUUCACAACGCAACAGAGUCUGUUGCCUCCAGCCGAUGGAAGGGGUCAUGGGUGAGGUGUGCGGGCUCCACCAUCGCCUCUGCAGGAAGUGAGCCAGAGGGCCUUGGUGCCUUCGACACAGCCUGGGCAGGUGGGGCACUGUGUGUGGAAUAAGGGCUCCAGGGAGUCGGGCUUGGGACCCACUUCUCUACCGACUUGCUUGGAUUUUGGACAAAAGCAUUUCACCCCGAUCUCAGUUUCCAAAUCAGUGGAAUGGGGCCAGUGAUACGGGUCACUAGGGAACGCCACUGCAGGCCUUCCAGCAGCUCGGAGGCCCUGCAAGCACCGCCUGAGCCCGGUCCCUGCGGUGCGGUGUGCCUGCCCGGCCUCUCAGGCUCUAGAACCUAGACCUUCACUGCGGCAGUUCAGACAGGCAUUCACUUAGUUCACGCCUUGCCCCUGCCCCGCACUCACCGGUGUCAGACCCUGAGCUGCAGCCGCUGGUCUCAGAACCAGGACAGGGCACCCUCUGAGAUGACCUGCGUCUGUUCCUCCUGCUUGCUUUACACAGGUGCCGCUCUGAGAGGGGCGAAGCAGCAGAAGGGGUUGUGCCAGGUGAGCGUGGCGUCCCUUUGCGGGGGGUGGGGGGGGCUUUCUGGACGCUGCACGUAGGGAGCGCACUUUGGAGACCAGGACCCUCAGGGAGCCUCCAGCAUGCAGACCCUCCCGCUGGCAUCGUCCCUGUGUCACGUUGACCCCUUCAUUUGGGGACCCCUGUGAGCUCGCUCUGAUCUUGCUGUCUCCUGAAGAGCGGAGCCCCGCAUGCCUGUGCACAGACCUGCUGGAGUUCUGUUCAGCCCUCCCUCCAGGCUGCACCUGCCUACCAGGGCGUGUGGCUUCCCGGGGUGGACGGACUCUGUUCCUUCCCAGUUGCUCGUCCUUGUCGGCUGGACUGCGCUGAGCCCUCACACUGGGGGCGGGGGCCCCAGGGAAGGGGCAGCUUUGUGGUGCCUUUAUGUAGAGACCAACCUGAGGUGUCCCAUGAAACGUGGCCUGUGUCUCGUGAUAGCGUUCUCCCUGACCAGCCCUUUUCUAAAACAACAACCCCCACCGCCCCCGCUGCAGCACAUUUGGCGACCCUGGCCUUCCUUUGCUCCCAGAAUCACAGAAGCAGCAAGCUCUGUGCAUGGCCUUGAAGCGCAGGCUGGGCCUCCCUGGAGGCUCCGUGGGGCUGCCGUGGGCACGCCGGGCACUGUCGGCCGUCUCGUCCGAGGCACGUAGGCCCCCCUCCCAGACCCUUCCAGCAGGACCCGGGGUCGGGUGGGAACGUGGUCCCAGCUCCCGCGUCUCUCGAAGGACUGAGCCUCAGAGCCUGAGGCCGCUCCCUCCCUCUCACAACGUGGCUGUUCUUCUCUUGUGCCAAGCAUGGCCGUCCCCAACGGUGACGACUGGCCGCAAAGCCUUGAGGACCGUGAAAACGGAGGACAGCUGGGCUAGGCUGUUCCUCUCUAGAUUUCAUCAUUGUUUAAAUAAAAUCAAGAAAAUGCGUAUUUUACCCAGAGCCAAGGGACCGUCUCCCUCUGAGGCCCCCAGUGUUGCAAAGCGCACACAGAUCGAAGAUGAGCACUUCUGAUUAAAAACCAGUCUCAAACCAAAUGCUGUUCUGCCUCUAGUGUCUGGCCUACGCAUGGUUUCCACUAACAGUGACUAAAAUAACCCUGGUCUCUUGGCUGCGUUCACGUUGGCCUCUGUGUCUGGUGUCAGGCGGGGCCCCUGGGCCUGUGGGUGGGGUCUGUCUAGCUGGCAGUGGCCGGGGUGACGCCAGGCAGGUCAGCAGCAAUGAAGGGUGAGGGCUUGUCAUCCGCACAGCUGGUCAUGCAGAGGUCCCCCAGUCUGACCCGUGCUCAGCCAGCUCUUGAUGUCAGUAGGUGAGGUGUAGGGACAGUGGCGGUUCUGUGCACAAAGUGGGCACUGGCCGCUCCCCUUCCUGGCAGACGGUCAACCAGCUCAGGAGGGGAACUUCCAACCAGUUAACUUGUAGGCGAGGAUUCAAAAAGGCUGACGUCGUUGUCCGAGGCCUCAAGGCAACCGGGCUUUUGAAAAAGCAGGUUCCAGUGGUGCACUCGACCCAGGUUAGGGGCUGGCAGCGUCCACGUGGGGCUUGAUCUGGGGGUGGUGGGUGGACCUCGGAGGGUCUUUAGAUGUUUCCCAUGGUUGGCACCGCCUUCACUGCCACUUUGCUGCCGUGAGGUUGGGGAAGGAAGCUCAGGUGCACCUCUGUGUACCUGGGCGGGCUCCACGCUCUGCUAGUCGAUUGGAAAUGAUGUGAUUGGAGAUUUCAGACACGGGUCACUGGCGAUUUUCCCUGUUGGGGCUGAGCGUUUUUUGGUGUGAGGCUGUGGGAAAUGACCUUAUUUUUUGGCCGUGGGACGUAGGCCUGGCCCCUCCUCCAAUACAGUCCAGCUCGCUGGCUGGUGCUCACAGCCACAGCCGCCCUGCUCUGCCCCUUGCCCCCUCCUGCCCCGACACCAGGCUGCUCAGUGCCAGGUGCCUGCGUCCCUGGCCAACGCGGAGGGCGGGAGAGUGCACAGCGGUCUAACUAGCUACAUUCCCGCUUCCUGCAGAACAAGCGCAGGGGUGCAGUUGUCCUGCCAGACUUUCUAACUGAGUUGUUUCCAGAUGACCAGACCCCUCCCUUAGCCAGCUGCCCUCUCGGCCUGACACCUUCAGGGCUGGUUGCAGUGUGCGGGUUGCCCAGGUUGCACAGCUGCUGCUGUGAGGACACUUCAGUGUUUGUGAGCUGAGCUGAAGAGGAUCAGAAACCUGCUCAGCCCUUUGUCAUUCGGGGAAUUUCCUUAAGCUCCUUGUGACCACGGUGUCUCGAGUGUAGACUGGGAGCACCUGACUGUGACUCAGUAGCCAUGUUCUUUUGGAUACUUUCAAGAAUGCCUACGGGAAUGUUCUCAUAUAACCCUCACCUGCCUUGAGGAUAAGAUGACCCAAUUCAUGGUCCAUCCCAGUGUUAACGUAGGCCAACUUCUCUGUCUUUACUUUUGGGAGAAGAUCUGAAGUGUAAUUUGUAUGUUCUCAGAACAAUUUAGAGACAGAAGAAAGCCACAAUGCCAUCAGUUUGCCUGAUGCCGUGCAUGGGAACCAUACGGAGCGGUGUCGUUUACAGCUGGGUGGCCUGCAGGCCAGCCUUCCGUGGGGCCAAGGUGACCAGCAGUGGCAUCUGAGGCUCGGACAGAAAGGCAGCCCCUCUUCUGGGUCCUUUCUGUGCUCGCCGGGAGACCAGCCAGAGCACGUGAAGGGAUCAGAACAUUUUGCUUUUUUAGCUUAAUUCAGUACUUUUGGUGGUUGUUUGAGAUCAUACAGUCCGCUUGGAGAAGAAAAACUUUCAUCCUGUGUGAUCUUGAAACCCCACCCCGUGAGUGAGAAAGACAAGAGUGGAGAUGGAAAGAGUUGUGGUCGCUCUCAGGCAUCCGCUCGGGCUUGCCAGGUGCGGCUGGGGCAGGGCCAGGACCCGAGGAAGCAGCUGCCGCGAGCCUGGGCCCCGGCUUGUGACCCGGACACGACAACCAUGCGGGGUUGUUUCUCCAUAAAGCAGCUUCUGAAAUCUUA